UUGUUCUAUAUUGUUAUUAUUUUUAUUAUUGAACUUAGCUUUUCUGUUUUUAAAUCCAGCCUAACUUAAAAGAGGCCCAGUGCUUAUGCAGCAGCCAGUUGGCUGGCCACAGUGGUUACCAGUCAAAAACACCUAAUAUAAAGGAUAAGGAUAUUAAGUUGGGUGAAACUUUCAUUUAAACAUCACAGAUGUUAAAGGAAAUUGUACUGCUUUGCAUGACAUUCGGAAAGAGAGGUUUGGGAAGGUGAAGGACAACCAUCUAGAUGUCUGGUGUGUCUGUAAUUUGCUUGAUUGCUUAUUUAUUUGAGAGAAUUAAUUUUCAUGACUGAUACAAAUAAACUGUAUAUGUACAUAUAUCAGCCACUUAUCUUGGUCUGGGGGGAGGGGGGUAAGGUGAUCCCAGGAAGAACAGAGAAUGUACGGCCUUAAUGGGCUCGACUCGAAUUAUAUCUUAUUGGUCCAUCACAGGGCAUAUACACAGCAGACAGACAUUUGGGGUCUGAAAAUCUGUACUUUCCUGUGUAUCUACAGAAGAAUCAAAAUCACUAGCAAUUUAUUGUGGAAAAUAUUUUGUCAUGUUUUAGGAAAUAUCCUCUCUAACAUUAUGAAGUAAGCCAACUGUGCCCCCUUGCCAGGAAUUCACUGCAUACCAGCAGGGGAUGAUCAGCACCAUGUGGGCCAGUGGCUGUGGGUUCAUUACCAUUGGCUUCAAGGUGUGCCAACAAGACACAGUUGGUAGGCAGCAACUACCUCAACUCGAGAGCUGGCCUGUCUUCCAUGCCAGGGAUAAAAGGAAAGGGCAAGCUAGAAAUGUAUGUGUGAUCUGCGUGCAAACACUGGAGGGUGACUGCCCUAAAGGGUCUGCCACUUCCUAUUGGACCCCUCACACACACACUUGUUUGUUUAACUUGCCCUUCUCAAGAAAUAUUUGUCAGUAUCCUUGUUUUCCAUGCCUCCUUACCUGCUACACUGGUGGAGGUUGCGGGGAGGAGAACUUUCCUGCAGAACUUCACCUAUAAUGUGAAAGGUAACUAACUAACUACUGUGGAAGUCCCUAAGAUGGGACCGACAGAUCAGUGCCAGUGUGGCUGUGAUCUCCCAGCACUUCCAGAGCAUCAUGUGCCUGAAACUCAGGAGAAAUCAGGCGACCAGGCAUAUCGAUCUGCAGUUCCUUACCAAGUUCAUUGCUGAGGAUGACACCGUCCAAAUACCUCACUGUGUUUGAAUGAGCAGCUGAGAGGGAACAGCGACCACGCCAGGCCUAGGCUCACAGCCCAGCGCACGGAGGGCCCACCCUCGCCCAGCAUUCAACAUUCCUGGCAUGAGUGGAGGAUGGAGACCAAAAACCAGAAGGUGAGUCCCCCUCUGCUGAUGGAAACCCCAAUGCAGGUCCUGAUGGGUGAGGAAUAGCAGGGCACACAAAGCUCUAGUAAGAUCUACUUACUGUAUCACUCAGCCCACUGAUGGGGAGAUUGAGUACUUGUCUUCCUUGACUCCUACAAGUUUCUGGCAUCUUAGAAGUACCCCCCCCCCCACCACCACUACACGAUGGGAAACUAUUGGGUCUGGCAGCCAGGCUUCCAUCUCUCUGACCAGGUCAACCACAUCAGCCUCAGCCCCUCCUGCCAGCCCACUAUAUAGUACCUUCAGAAAAAAGUCCACACAAGGGAGGACCAUAGCCAAGCUGAGAACCAGGAAGUCGAAGAAGUUAUUGAAGGCUAUCGAGAUGUGUUCUUCAGCUUCCCACGAUGCAUAUACCUUAUUCAGCACCACAACAAAACUUGGUCAUGGAAGAGGUUGAGAAGACAGGUAUGUGACAGUUGGUGACAUUGUGGUGUCAUUGAAUCUCUUGUCCAGUUUCAUUGUGAUGGUUCCUAAGCGAGCCAGCACCAUUGAAUGGUUGAACAUGGUUGCCCAAUUAGAUGGCUACUGCAUGCCUCACAAGGAUGAACUGGUUGAGCGUCUAGGUUAGAUCUGCUUCAUGUCCACACUAGACCUCAUCAAGGAUUAAUGGCAGUUAUCCCUCAGCCUGGCUGCCAAAGGGAAGGCUUCUUCGUACUGUGUCCUCCUUCUCUGGGUCCAUAUAGCACCUGCCACCUUCUCUAUAACUAUGGACAUCAUGCUUUGCCGCCACUGAGAAUAUGCAGCAGACUACGUAGACAGUGUCAUCAUCCAUGCUGAGAGCAGGGCAGCGCGCAAUGUUUGCCUCAGCAGAUUGCUGGACUCCAUUCAGUAGGCAGGUCUCAUAGCCAGACCUGCUAAAUGCCACUUGGGGAUCACCGAGUCCUGCUAUCUGGCGGUCCUUGAUGGACUGGGCCUGCUCUGACCUCAUCUUAUGCGAAGAUGCUGAGCAUUCUACCUGCCCAGGGAACAUUCAGUUGUUAUUGUUAUGGCAGUAUACAUACCGCCACAGGCUAAUAUUAAUCUAGCGCUUGAGCAGUCAUAUGAUGCUAUGAGUAAAUAGCAGAAAACACACCCCAAUGAAGUUUUCAUCAUUACUGGGGAUUUCAAUCAUGCAAAUCUUAAGGAUGUACUUCUCACAUUUUAUCAACAUGUGAACUGCAAAACCAGAGGGGAAAACACAUUGGAUCAUGUUUAUACAAACAUAAAAGAUGCUUACAAGAUCAUACCACACCCCCACCUUGGACAGUCUGAUCAUCUUACUCUGUUUCUUGUCCCUGUGCACAAAGCCUUUGUUAACAGUGCUAAACCAACUAGCUGGACUGUCAAAGUUUGGCCUGAGGCUGCUGCCUCCCAACUCCAGGACUGCUUCAAACACACAGAUUGGAACAUAUUUUUCCACCAGACCGAUUUAGAUGCAUAUACUUCAUCUAAUUACUGCACGGACAACGUAACUGUCAACAAAAGGAUCAGAGCAUUCCCAAAUGAGAAACCGUGGAUGAAUAGUGAAGUCCAACAUCUGCUCAGGGCGAGGGACACAGCAUUUAAGUCAGGAGAUAUCUCAGUCUGUGGAGCCAGCUAUUCUUAAGAGAGGCAUCAGGUCUGCAAAACUAGAGUACAAACAGUGGACUGAAGAAGAUUUCCAUCAUGACUUGAACUCACAGCAGACGUGGCUUAGACAUCUGUUCAAUGAUGGAUUACAAAAAGAAGAGUGACAUACAACGCACACUAGGCAACAACCAUGCCAACCUAGCAGAGGAACUUAGCGGCUUCUUCGCAAGGUUCCACGAGGACAAUAACCAACCUCCAGCCAGCUUCAAAGUGGCAGGUGACUCAGAGCCUUUGGUCCUUCACACACACGAGGUGCGGCAUGCACUCAGCAACAUCAACAUAAGGAAAGCAGCAGGUCCUGCUACUGUGCAAGGAUGUGUGCUCCAGGCCUGUGCUUACCAACUAGCGAAGGUAUUUACACACAUAUUCGAUCUCUCUCUGUCCUUAUGUAGAGUUCCCACAUCCCUGAAAUCCACAACCAUAGUACCUGUUACAAAAACACCUAUGAUUACCUGUCUUAAUGACUACCGACCGGUUGUUCUCACCCCUGUCAUUGCAAAGUGUUUUGAACAACUAGUACUCACCCACAUUAAAGCCUCUGUCCAAGCUGAUCUAGAUCGACACCAGUCUGCCUAGCGGACAAACAGAUCAACUGAGGAUGCCAGACUUCAACUGAGGAUGCCACCUGGAAAAGCCCAAAACCUACAUUAGGAUGCUCUUUGCUGACUACAGCUCAGCAUUUAACACCAUCGCACCAAGCCACUUGAUCAACAAACCCAAUGCAUUAGGUUUGACCCCCUCCGCAUGCAACUGGUUACUGCACUUUCUCACCAACCGCCGCUAGUCUGACAGGUGGAGCAAGUACACAUCAUCCACCCUCACCCUGAGCGUCGGUGUGCCACAGGGCUGUGUGCUUAGUUCCCUCCUCUAUGCACUUUUCAACCAUGACUGUCAACCCACCUAUGAAUCAAACAUUAUUAUUAAAUUUAUGGGUCAUACAACUGUCACUGGACUCAUAUCAAACAAUGACGAAGCUGCAUAUAAGGAGGAGAUUUGGAAUGCAACAGAGUGGUGUAGCACCAACAAUUUGGCCUUAAACACCCAGAAAACCAAAGAAAUCAUUGUGGACUUUAGGACUGCUAGGGAGACCAGUCACAGUCCAAUAACCAUUAAAGCUCAGGUUGUGGGAGGGAGUCUUCAGGUUCAGGUUUCUGAGAGUCACCAUGAGAGAGGACCUCUCCUGGGCUGAGAACACCUCAGUGGUAGCAGGCAAAGCACUACAGCACCUCUAUUUUCUGAGAAGGCUAUGGAAAGCUAACUUCCCCCAGAAGCUGCUGGUUAACUUUUACAGAUGCACUAUAGAGAGUAUUUUGACGAUUGCAUGACAGCGUGGUGGAGCAGCUGCACCAAAGCUACUAAAAAAAGCCCUUCAGCGAGUGGUUAAAAACAGCACAGGCCAUUGUUGGCACGGGAACUGCCACUGCUGGACCAUCUACACAAGGCUCCCUGUGUGAGAAGGGCUAAAAGCUUUAUGAAGGACGUCACUCAUUCGGGACAUACUUUGUUUAAGCUCCUCUCUUCAGGAAGGUGCUUUAGAAAAAUCUGUACACGUACAAGCAGACUAAAAAUAGCUUUUUCCCAACAGCCUUAAAUCUGCUGAACUCUGAAAUCCCUCAGCCUGAGAUAAUCUCUCACUGAAUAUGACCAAUUAGUUAUGUUGGUAAUGCGUAAUGCACUUCUUGCUAAUAUGUGCAACAGUAACUGUUGCCGCUGUGCACUGGGCAGUAAUAAUAAUAAUUUCCCCUGCCCCAUCCUAAAUACCAGAGAGGGGCCUUCGGCCUGGCUGAGUACUAUCAUUGAUUUAUCCUCCCACUUUCAGAUCUCAUCUGGAACGGCCAGAUUGACUUGAGGAACAAGAAUGCCUAGCUCCACUUCCAGGGUAUGAAAGAAGCCCUCACCACUGAACUGGUCCACCACGCCCCCAAAUUUGAGCUGCACUUCUGACUGUUCAACGGUGCCUGAAAUGUCAGCUAGGGAGCUGUCCUCUCCCAGGUCUUCAGGGCAUGGUACACCCAGUGCUAUAUAUCUUGCAGAUGUUCACUCCUGCUGAACAAUGGUACAUUGCUGAAGAAUGGAAGGCCCUGGCCAAGUGAGGCAACCAUGAGCAAAGCUUUACUCCAUGGUAAGCUGCUUCUGUGGCUUGGACUUCACCUAUUCAUUGCCAAGAAAAAGUGUAAAAGGUCUUGCUGCUGCUGUUGAAGUCCUCACUCACAUACGUUUAAACCAGGUCACAGUGAGCCAGGCAAACCCAAAUAUUUGCAUCCUGUUUGCCUUAGAGAACAUCUACAUAAUGUUAUCAAAAGCAGAAGAAUACUGCUAAUGCAAAAAAAAAAUUUGGAAGAAUCUAAGCCGCGUGCAUCCAUCCAUCCAUCCAUCCAUCCAUCCAUCCAUCCAUCCAUCCAUCUAAACUCUUUAGCCAAAGGUCUUGGUGAGGCUGGAGUCCAGGGCACGAGGCUUGGCCUCAGUACCUCAGAACUCUGUGCCUCGCUAGCUGCAGAGCCUGUGCGAGGCCCCCUGUACAGCCCCUGUGGUACAGAGCACCAUGUCCUGCCCACGGCCCCUGGAGUGGCUGCGGGAGAGCAGGGGCUCCCGCCGUCUGGUGCUGGUGGUGGUGUGUGUGGCCCUCUUGCUGGACAACAUGCUGCUGACUGUAGUGGUGCCCAUCAUCCCUACGUUCCUGUACGCCACCGAGCACAAAGUGCAGAACUCCUCGCUGAGCUUCAAUAACCAGAAGCCCCCAAAGGAGACAUCUUUGUCUUCUGUUCUCUCGCUCUAUGAUAACACCACCUACGUCCUGGGGGCCCACACGGCCAAGCCGCCCGAUUUCACCCCCCGCGGGGGCCAUAACCACUCUAGGCCUGCCAGCUGCCGGGAGGACAGCGACUUCUUGGUGGAGGAGAAUGUGCGCGUAGGGUUGCUCUUUGCCUCCAAGGCUCUGGUGCAGCUCCUGGUCAAUCCGUUCGUUGGGCCACUCACCAACAGGAUUGGAUACCACAUACCGAUGUUUGCUGGCUUCGUCAUCAUGUUUGUUUCCACAAUAAUGUUCGCCUUCUCAGGGACCUACGCCCUGCUGUUUGUGGCCCGCGCUCUCCAGGGAAUCGGCUCGUCCUUCUCCUCUGUCGCAGGUCUGGGCAUGCUGGCCAGCGUCUACACUGAUGACAACGAGAGGGGAGUCGCCAUGGGGAUUGCGCUGGGGGGUCUGGCCAUGGGCGUCCUGAUCGGGGCCCCAUUUGGCAGUGUAAUGUACGAGUUCGUGGGCAAAAGCGCCCCCUUCCUCAUUUUGGCCUUCCUUGCAUUAUUCGAUGGAGCUUUGCAACUCUGUAUACUUCAGCCCUCGAAGAUCUCUCCUGGGAGCCUCGAGGGCACACCUCUGCUGACCCUGCUGAAGGACCCCUACAUCCUCAUCAGCGCAGGCUCCCUGUGCUUCGCCAACAUGGGGGUGGCCAUGUUGGAACCCACCCUCCCCAUAUGGAUGAUGCAGACCAUGUGCUCCCCGAAGUGGCACCUUGGGUUGGCUUUCCUGCCAGCCAGCAUAUCUUACCUCAUCGGAACCAAUCUGUUUGGCUUGCUGGCCAACAAAAUGGGAAGGUGGCUGUGCUCCAUGAUCGGGAUGCUUGUGGUUGGAAUCAGCCUUCUUUGUGUCCCUUUAGCGAAAAACAUCUACGGUCUCAUUGGGCCAAAUGCUGGUCUAGGUUUUGCGAUUGGGAUGGUCGAUUCCUCCAUGAUGCCCCUCAUGGCCUAUCUAGUCGACAUUCGUCACAUUUCUGUAUACGGCAGCGUCUAUGCUAUUGCCGAUGUGGCGUUCUGCAUGGGAUUCGCUAUCGGUCCAUCCACAGGGGGUGCCAUAGUAAGGGCCGUUGGAUUCCCCUACCUCAUGGUGAUCAUCGGCAUCGUUAACAUCCUCUACGCACCCCUGUGCUGCUUCCUGAGGAGCCCGGCAGCCAGGGAAGAGAAGAUGGCCAUUAUCGGCCAGGAGUGUCCCAUGCCCGUGAAGAGAUACAACACUCAGAGACAGCAGCAAGAGUUUCCACUGAGCGACGAGAGUGAGGAGGAAGCUGGGGAGUGACCCUGACCCUCACACACACACACACACACGUCAGUUAUACCUAUCCAUAUAGGGACCGCUCAUUCACUUCUAUGGGAAAAAUGCUAACGCUAAAAAUGACAACCCUAACCCCCACCCAGCCCUAACCAUAACCAUAAGUAACCAAACAAAUUACAAUAGUUUUUGCACUUUUAGUUUUUUCAUAGCAGUCACUGAUUUUUAUAAAAAAGAGUUUUCCCUUAUGGGGACCAGGAAACCGGUCCCCAUAAGGGCAAGAAAAUGGAUAUUUAUCACGUAUCCCCGUAUAACCCCAUAAGGAUAGGUAUGCCCGCUCACACACACACACACACACACAUGAACACACACACAAAUAUAAACAAUACAAGCUCACGUACCCAUAGACACGCACACAAAAACAUGGAGACACACUGGGAGCAGCAUUUAAAAAAUUAACUACAUAUAUUUAUUUAAAAUAAGAGACAGAAGAGAUUUACUGCCCUUUGAUGUGUUUGCCUUGGAGCUUACAUGCACACUGCUGGUCCUCGUUCUCCGGAUCCUUCAGGUGCGCGAGAUGUCCUCUGCAUCUUAGCCCCCUGUGCCUCACACUCACUUUAUCCUUUAAGGUUGUCGCACAUCCAGGCUGUAGUUUUCCUGGCCUUAUAUAAGUUUACGUGAAAAGACCAGAUUGCCAACAUGACUUCAUAAUGGCACCGAAGACAAUAAGCAUUAGUGUUUUCCCAUCUCCUAAUACUGUGUCAUGUCUUGCAUAGUGUAUCAUGGUGUAUUGUCCAUUAAAGUACAAAAUAUUAUUUUAUGUAAUAUGUAUCAACCUAGCGGCGGGGUGGUGCAGUGGUUAGCACUGUUGCCUCACACCUCUGGGACCCGGGUUCGAGUCUCCGCCUGGGUCACAUGUGUGCGGAGUUUGCAUGUUCUCCCCAUGUCGUCGUGGGGUUUCCUCCGGGUACUCCGGUUUCCCCCCACAGUCCAAAAACAUGCUGAGGCUAAUUGGAGUUGCUAAAUUGCCCAUAGGUGUGCAUGUGUAAGUGAAUGUUGUGUGAGUGUGCCCUGCGAUGGGCUGGCCCCCCAUCCUGGGUUGUUCCCUGCCUCGUGCCCAUUGCCUCCGGGAUAGGCUCCGGACCCCCCGCGACCCAGUAGGAUAAGCGGUUUGGAAAAUGGAUGGAUGGAUGGAUGUAUCAACCUGAAUAUUAGAAUCAAUUGGGUGAAGUUUCCUAAUGAUUUAGAAUUUUACGUUAAGUGGUUUUGGUUGGUAUAGAGUGACAUAUGAUAUCGUGUGAAAAUGACCCCCUUGGAAAGAAAUGUAAUGUUUCAUUAUAACUUCUCAAUCACAAAGACGAAUAACAACACAACGAGCUCCAAAAUAUACCCCCAUAUUCACAGACAUUGUCUGCAUGAUAUCUUGCAUGAUAUUGCUGCAGUUGUUCCUGCGGAUCUCACCCUUCCCCCUGACACACAAUGAAAAAAAUGGAUGUUUCUGAGCAAAAAAUGGUUCGUCAUUUAUAAUAUUAAAAUUCUUUGUUUAUUUA